AUGGAUGUUAAAAAUCAUCAAAAAUCAAAAAGUUGGUAUAGCCAUCAUCAUCAUCAUCAUCAUCAUCAUCAAUAUAUGAUCAAUGUCGACUAUAUUAUUUUAAACUUUGUAAAUGGACAAUCAUAUCCAAAUGAAGAUGUUUUAUGGCAACUAUUUAUGUCAUGGAUGAAAGGGUACGACAAAUAUUAUGAAAAUAACGAGUUGCAACAAAGAUAUAAUCAUUUUAAAUCCAAUUGUCAAGAGAUUUAUAAAUUCAAUGGAGGCUUUAUACAUCCCAUACCAGUGGUCGACAUUGAAUACCCUCAAGAUAAUGAACCAUCCAGCAGCAGCAGCAGCAGUCCAAUCGACCGAUCAAUUCUAUCCAUCAAUGAUGUUCAACCUAUUAUUACAUUUCAACAAUCUUUAACUCCAAUUCAAUCAUUAAAUUCAUUUUCAGAUUUACCUUUUGAAGAAUUUUUAACUCUUUAUACUGGAGCUGAAGGGAUUGAACCACCUGCUAGUGAAAGUACACCAUCGACUGCUGCUGGUGUAUCUAUAUCGGUAGCAGCCAUUGUUGGUAUUGCAGUUGGUUCAUUUUUGGCCGUUGCAGCUAUAGUUGCUAGUAUUGCAACGAUUGUUAUUUUAAACAAAAAGAGUAAACUCCAAGAGGCCAAGAAAAAGCAACAACAAGAAAAAGAAAUCAAGGAGAUGACUCUUUAUGGUCAACAUUUAAAUAAUAACAUAGUAUCUCCACCAACCACCAUACCAACUACAAUCGUUGUCCCAACUACUACCACUAGAACUAGUGUCACUAUCAUCAAUCCAUAUGUUCCAACCAAUGGUAUCGAUGUAAUGUAUUAUAAACCAAAAUCUUCUCAUCGUUCCAUAACAUCACGUAGUGUUCCAUUUGAUUUGACUGCCUAUUCAUCACAUUCCAAUUUUUAA